AUGCUGCCCCAUCCUCUCCCCGCGGCAGUGGACAGACUGGUUCCUGGUAGCCACCUAGACAUGCAGCUACCACCAAGGCCACAUUGCCUGGCCCAUCGUGGGUCCCGGCGGCCGGCGCCCCUCUGCCGGGCCCCUCCGCGGAUCAGCCCCACCUGCGUGCGCCCGGCCACGAGCCGCCAGGUCGUCCGCCUGCAACGGGCUGGGGCGCGCGGCCCCGGGGGGCGGACCCCCGCCGCCCAGCUGAGACGCGAUUCCUCGUGCGAGUACAUGUCCGCGGUCGUCGCCCCUGCAGCCGCCUACCCGGACACCAUGCACUUCGAGGCAGAAGAAUCCAAGGAAGUGGCUACAGAUGUCUUUAAUUCCAAAAACCUGGCCGUUCAGGCACAAAAGAAGAUCUUGGGCAAAAUGGCGUCCAAGUCGAUCGCAACCACCCUCAUCGACGACACAAGCAGUGAAGUGCUGGAUGAGCUGUACAGGGUGACCAAGGAGUACACCCAGAACAAGAAGGAGGCAGAGAAGAUCAUCAAAAACCUCAUCAAAACCGUCAUCAAGCUGGCCAUCCUUUACAGGAAUAACCAGUUCAACCAAGACGAGCUGGCGCUGAUGGAGAAGUUUAAGAAGAAAGUUCACCAGCUUGCGAUGACGGUGGUCAGCUUCCACCAGGUGGACUUCACCUUUGACCGGAACGUGCUGUCCAAGCUGUUGAACGAGUGCAGAGAGAUGCUGCACCAGAUCAUCCAGCGCCACCUCACCGCCAAGUCACACGGACGGGUUAACAACGUCUUUGAUCACUUCUCAGAUUGUGAUUUCUUGGCGGCCUUGUAUAAUCCCUUUGGAAAUUUCAAACCCCACUUACAGAAACUGUGUGAUGGUAUCAACAAAAUGUUGGAUGAAGAGAACAUAUGA